AUGGUCUCCAUCACCGAGUGGCAGAAGAUCGGUGUGGGCACCGCCGGCUUCGGUGUCUUUUUCGUCUUCUUGGGAAUGCUCCUGUACUUUGAUUCCGUGCUCCUGGCCUUCGGAAACCUGCUGUUCCUGACCGGCCUCUCCCUCGUCAUCGGCCUGAGGAAGACCUUCUUCUUCUUCUUCCAGAGGCACAAGCUCAAGGGCACCGGCUUCUUCCUGGGGGGCGUGAUCGUUGUGCUCCUGCGCUGGCCCCUCCUGGGGAUGCUUCUAGAAACCUACGGAUUCUUUAACCUCUUCAAGUGAGUGCAGAUCCCUUGCCCUGGAUGGGCCACCAGGUUUGGGCAGCACAGCCAGCUGGGUGCAGAAGCUGGACUCACCCCGCAGGAGAAGGGAACCAUGAGAGGAUUGGAAAUGGGGAGGGGCAUCGGGCUGACCUUGGGAAGGCGCCUCCAACAGUAGGUUGAAGGACACAUCGGAGUGAUCUGCCCGUCCAUCAGCACACAUUGAGCACCUGCUGUGUGCCCAGCACUGUGCAGUCACCAGGGAAGACAUACAGGGCCCAUGCUCAAGCUGAACGGUCCAGGCGGGACGCAAGGGCAGGGAGCUAACAUUUGCUAGGCCCCAAGUAUGCACCCAGCACCCUCACCAGCAGAAUCUCACUUUGUCAUCUCCACAACCCACUGUAGGAUUGUUCUCUACAGAUAUGGAAACCAACACUCAGAAAGGCUGCCCCUGCCCCAGGUCUCACAGGCAGUGUGCAGAGGAUCUGACCUGGAUCCAGCUGUCCUUGGCUCCUGGCUCCACAUCCCUUGGCCUGUCAGUGUCAGCCUGGG